GCUCGGUGCGAUGGAAAAAAAUUCUGAAGUUAGUUGAGCAAGAAAGAGUGCCACAUCUAAUAAAUGCUUCACGUUAUCUAAUUAAACACUACUUAUAAACGUGUUUCGUUGCAAGUAAUGCUUCAGUCGGGCAGCAACAGUUAAAUCGCGGAGUUGAGUCUCACGUGUAGGUGAUCGACUACUAUUGUCUGAGAAGACCACCAAAACCUCAGGGUUCAAAGUCCACAAGACACAUCUGUGUAAGAGGCUUGCAGACUGAGACAUGCAAGAGUCCUUGGAGUCGCUGGUCGGUGUGCUCGAAACUUACAGAGGACGAGAUAAAGUUAUCAGAACAGUUUGCUAUGGGUCCCAGCUGGUUGGUGGAGUUCUGUCACAGAGGACAGGCGAGUCGUCCCAGGUUGGGAAAAGUCUCCUGUUGCUCUCUGCUCAGCUCAGCCACUGUAGGACGGUGUUGCGGCUGUUUGAUGACCUAUCCAUGCUGGCCUACGCCAGUACCUAUGGUCUGGGAAGAUGGGAGGAAGAUUCUUGCCUGCGUUGGAUAUCGGUGCUGACUAACAUAGCCGACCAGUUCUACUACCCUUGUGAACACAUUGCGUGGGCAGCCGACGCAGAUCUUAUCAAAGUCAAAUCAGACAAAUGGUGGCUGUUCAGCACAGUGUUUUGGGGAAUCUCUCUCCUGCUGGGAAUACUCAGGUCUCUCAGGCUUCUCAUGCUGCUGAGGAAUAAACUGAAAAGGGACCCCAGCUCACCUAGCCACUCUCAGCUCCACAGACAGAUGAGAGGUGAGCUCCUCACUGUCCUCAGCAGCAUGGCUGACCUCAGCAACGCCAUCCACUGGAUGCCGCCUGGUUUUAUGUGGGCCGGACGAUUUCCCAAUUGGCUGGUGGGACUGAUGGGUACCAUUUCGUCUCUGAUUGGUUUGAUCCAAAUGAAUGACAGCAGCAGUGACCAGUCAAGCAGGGACUUGUCUGAACCUCCAAGUGAUGGUUAAAGUUAGAUUUUUCAACCAACAUUGUAUGAAUGGCAUGUAUUAGGGGGAAAUAUUGUGAUCAUUGAGAAAUAUUUGCAAAUAAUAUUCACAUCUUUGGUGCCCCAUCAACAUCCAGCUAAUGAUCAGACUGUGUGUGGGGUGAUUUGAAGCUCAAAUGGUCAACUUAAUUUCCAUUUAAGUUUCUAAUAGCAAGCCAAACAGAUCAGCAAAAAGUGUGCCAUGUGAAAACACAAUACAUAAUCUUGCAAAAUUCCUUGUUAAGCCAAGCACUUUCAAAAUUGAAAAUUGAAGUACUUUAAAAUAUGUAUGCAUGCACGUCUGUUUAAAAGGCUUUGAUCUUAAAAUUUGAUAGUAUUUCUCAAGAAAAUGUGUUUAGUGGGUUAGAAAAGACAUAAAUUGUUCAUUUAAACCAUGUGAUACACAAUUGCCUUUUGCAAUCUACAGUAACAACCCUAGCAAUUGACUGGGAUGUCCUUAAAACAAUUCACCAUCACUGAGACUGUUCAUUUUUGACUAGUUUGUGAAGUAGGAAUGCCACCAGAGUGGAAACAUCUUUGGCUGGUGAGUUUUGGAGUCCAUUAGACACCUCUAUGAGUGGACAUGAACUGUGUGGUGCAUGAAAGCAAUUGUUUCAGAUCACUGUUGCUGCUUAAAGUGGGACGAAACAGAAACUUUCAAACAAAAUUAGCCCCAACAGGACAUUGACUACUACACCCGGUUCACACGGGAUCAGGGUGAAAACUCCCUCAUCUGUAUUUCAAAGGCUGUUUCAGUUCGAAUUCAGUGUCAUUAAUCAUGACUGGGACAAGAAGAUUUAAGCUUGAAGAAGACAAGAGCCUUUUUUGUUCACAUCCAUCCUUAUUUUGUAUUUUAACAUCUACAGAACUGACCUGUAAGUCAGGCAUUGUUUUUAAAUUGUCC